GAGAAGGGGGGGAGUGUGUGCGUGUGUCGGGGUUGGGGUCGAGUCUACUCCGGCAGAAUUAGCAUUCGGCCGACGCGCUGAGCGGCACAGCGCCUCCGACAUCAUCUCUCGCACAGCUCCAUCGCUCUCUCCCCUGCUGCUGCUGCCGCCGCCGCAGCCGCCGCUGCUGCUGCUCCACAUGUCCGAUGCUUUCUCUCAUUUCCAUCCUCAUCCCUGGCGAUAGCAGCAGCAGCAGCAAUAUAAUGGACGUGGCUCCAGUGAAGAAGCAGGAGCAGCAGCGGCAACAACAACAGCAGCAGCAGUAGGUGAGGGUGGCGUUUAGGUUGAACGGUUGUUGUUGUUAUUUUGAUUCUAUGAUCGAAGAAUGUGCGUGUGAAUACGCCCGAGCGUUUUAAACGUAGGCUAUGUGUGCCCGUGUAUCUAUUCUAUUAUAUAUGAGCCGUGCGCGUGGCGCGUGCAGUGAGUAGGAAGCGCGUUGGCCCCCCCGUGUACAUUUCAACAAAUGGUUUUGCGGCGUGGAUUGCAUCUUUCGGAAGACGUGACGAGCUGAUAGAAUUUGUUUUUAACAAUAACGAGAAGAGCAAGCGGGCGCGGUGGUGCCAGUAGUUGUCGCAGUAACAGAGAUAUUAAAUGACUAUUAAACGGGAGAGCCACGUAAAGUCAUCAAGGCCCGGAUUACAUCUGAUAAAGAAGCUGCAUUGAACGCUCCUCCUGCUGCUGUUCCUGCUGCUGCUGCUGCACGAGCGACUCGUCCACCCUGGGGCCGUCCCGACCAAGUCGCCUGCAGUUGACCCUCUUACUCGCCUUCUCCGCCUCUCAUGCAACAGCCGCAACAUCAUCGUCGGCAUCAUCAGCAGCAGCAGCGACAACAGAAGCAGCAGCAGCAGCAGCAAUAGGAGGCGAUAAUGCAGAAGGUGCGAUUUGGGUGUCGUCGCUGAUGCUGCAGCGAGCGUUGGGGUGAUGCGGACGUGUCCCUUAAAGGAGCCCUGUUCUUUUGGACAUCUCUACCACCACCACCACCGCCACCCUUUGCCACAACUGUCACAACCACCACAACCACAGCAACCACCUGCUCAAGGUUGCCGCGAUCUCGACCAAGCUGUUGCAGAGAGAGCCGUCAGUGACGGUAGCUCCUCAAGCCGCACCUCCGUCGCCGUCUCCUGCACCUCCACCUCCAUCUCCUCCUCCUCAUAGAUGCGUCUGCAUGACGUCUGCACUGCAUGGCUGCCGACCACAGCGGCCCCGACCCUCUGUCCGCAAGCCUCCGUCCCAAGGCCACGGCGCCGUUGACAUGACCAAGGGCGACGUGGAAGAAUGCCAGAUGAUGGUGGAGGAGUUCCACACCCACGUCGCCACGUUCCGCGAGCUCGUCAUCUCGAUCGGGGACGCGAGCAGUGACAGCCUCGCCGGACGCCUCCAACUGCGCCGCUCGCGGGGCCAGUGCUCGGCCAUGGCCACCGACACGUGCACUAGCAUGGCCGCCCUCAACAGGCCCGAGGAAGGAGAGAUCCAGUACGACAUUUACAGGCUCUACAUCCAGUUUCACGGCUGCCUGGAAAUGUACAUCUCAGAGAUGCUCAAGUCCAUCUGCCUCAUGGAGUCCUUCCAGCUGCAAGGGAAAGGCCGGGAGGUUCGGGGCACGCCGGUGAGUGGCCAACGCGGGGCCCAGGACGCGUCGCACGCGCCCAUCCUCGACGAGAAUGCCGCGUCGCAGACGCCCAACCUCGCCGACAUCGGCUGGACCACCCCGAUGGAGAUCCACAACACCCAGAGGGAUCUGAGAGAGAUGAAAGCUCUGCUCAGUAAACUCAGGGAGUCAAUGCCACUUCCACUUAAAAACCAAGAUGACAGUGCCCUACUCAGCCUAAUACCAUCUUACCCACCACUGAGGCGGAGGAAGAGAAAACUGCUAAGGUUGUGUUGUCUGCUCGCCAGUUAGGCUGGGCGGCACGUCAGGCCUACGCUGUACAGGUCACAGGUCAAAAAAACGCUUUACAAAUAAUAAAUACAAAACAUAUGUAGCUAUCAUCAUCAGGCAAUGUAUACAAAAACAAUUCCAAAUGACGAACAUUGAACAUGAAUGGAAUUACGGUAUCGUUCAAGAGAAUAUGCAUUUCACUCGCACACGCGUUUAGCCGAAAACAUCAAGCCUUUGUCCGUUGCCGAAAGUUGGGAGUGUAAUUUGAUUCCCCCACAGACUAAAUGAUUAAGUUUCUAUCAAAACAGUACCUGUGGAUCCAUCGGAAAGGAACUUGGAAAUCUGGCAAUUUAAAAUCAUGGAAAAGUUCAACUUAACAGGAAACAUGUUGCGUAUGUGUGGAUCCAGUUGGUGCCUUUUUGGUAGAGAGUGUCGUCGCAUCAAGGGUAAAGGUCCGGGGGUCUUGUGCUCAUUCACUGGGUUCAUAGCACUUGGGUCAACGUGCGUCUACAUAGCUCGAACCUUGAAGGCCACUUUUCGGGCACGGUUGUAAGUGUUCAUAUCAGAAAAGAAAACCUAAACACACACACACAUGUAACAAUAUUAUCAAAAAUUACAGUAAUCAACAUUUUUACUGGCUUCGAGCAUGUUUGAAGUUGGGCCAAAAUGUGAAUGCCAAUCAUCUACACUCUCCCACUGCAUGUUUGUGUAAGCAUCUAACGAGAUUUAAUGUACUUGCAAUAUGCAAUAUUCAAUGUACAGUCCGUGGAUAUUUUUUAUUUGUUUGUUUCAUGACUAUAAAUGUUACUCGGUCCUGUACUAUUCACCCAGACAGGGCAUGGGUGUGUUGGCUAACGGAUGACAGAGGGGCUGUCCUGGCAACUCUUUUGUGUUGUUGAAACAAGCCUAACAUAGACUGAGCAUAUGUGCAAUCAUACAAGCCUAUUUAUUUUUAAAACUAUAUUAAACACAUGAUACAGGUUUUCCUCUCUUAUCAUUAAACAUUAAAGUACUUCAACCUUUUUUAAACUACUUAUUUGGGCCUUUGUACUGUUUUAGUAUGCCAAUGGAUAUAUUCAGUUUCACAUUUGGAAUGUACCAUACCUACAGUAAUUUACCAAUAAUUUAGCAAUGUCCAGGAAUUUACCAGAAUCGCAGUCUUUUUACGAAUGUUUGCUGCUUCCUUCUACUUUUCUUUACAUACAUAUUUAUAUCACUUAUUUUCGUCUUCCAAGGUCUACCUUAAAUAAAUGUCAUGCUUUGUUUCUAAACUAAGGUUCCAAAUAA